AACAAUUUAGAAAUGAUGCAAAUGAGCCUGAGCCUUCCGGGGUUUGGGGCUGGGACUGCAGUGCUGGAAGCUCAUUGAAAGCAGCCACUGGUGGAGGCGGGGCUCUGGCCAGUUCCCCUUCGACCUACCCCCACCCUCCUCUUCCAACCUCUGUUUGGCCCCUUGCUCUGUUCCAGUCGUUGCUGCAGCUGUUUCUCUACCCUCUUCAAGACUCCAGCGACCGACCUCAAGCUCUUGUUUCCAGGAUGGUGAUCCGUGUAUAUAUUGCAUCUUCUUCUGGCUCUACGGCGAUUAAGAAGAAACAGCAAGAUGUGCUUGGUUUCUUAGAAGCCAACAAAAUAGGAUUUGAAGAAAAAGAUAUUGCAGCUAAUGAAGAGAAUCGGAAGUGGAUGAGAGAAAACGUGCCUGAGAACAGUAGACCAGCCACAGGGUACCCCCUGCCACCUCAGAUUUUCAAUGAAAGCCAGUACCGUGGGGACUAUGAUGCCUUCUUUGAAGCCCGAGAAAAUAACGCAGUUUAUGCCUUUUUAGGCUUGACAGCACCACCUGGUUCAAAGGAAGCAGAAGCCCAGGCAAAGCAGCAAGCUUGAAUAUUACGCGUUCUUCCUUCAACAUCUUGGAAAAUAAUGAAUCUCCAUUGCUUUUAUAAAAAUCUUCGCUUCAAAGAAAUAGGCUUCAAUGUUGUAAUAAUAGAUUAGUUGAUGUUCUCGCAUGCAAACAAGCAUAAUUAAAAUGUGAACAUGAUGGUGAGAAAAAUGAGAGACGAAGUUAAAACUUUAAGUAGAUAUCGUAGAAUAGUAUUUUUAUGUUCUGUAAGGAUUUUACAAAAAAAAAAACCAUAUGCUUCUUUUUUGAUAUUACUGUUGCUUAAGGAUAUCUUCAUUUCAACUUCAAGGAAUUAAAAGAGGAGCAAGCAAGAGAGAGAGAGAGAGAGAGAGAGAGAGUGCAAAACUCUUAUUCCAAAAUUGCCUCAUUAACUUUAGUGAACAUGAAUAUUUUGGUGUGAUGUUACUAUUGCUGAAAUGUAUUUGCAGGUUAUGUUUAUGAUGUGAUGGUUAUUGUGAUAUUCUCAUUCUCCCAUAGAAGCAACUUGUGUGCCCUGAACCUCAAGUUUUCCCGACUUCUCGAUGUAACACUUCAUUUCACAUUCAGUGAUCAAGAUAGUUGACUUCCCACAAGAAAAGUAUCAAAUGCAUUCCACUGUUCCUUGUUUACGUAUACAGUUACAACAUAAUCGUGCUUCUAAGUGGCUUGCCUCAGUAAAAAAUAUGGAUGUGUAAGUCACAGAAUGAUGAUGGCAAUUAAUUUUAAUUUGGCCCUUCUUGUAAAGAGCUCAGGCUUUUAAUUAACCAUUACACAAUAUCUUGCCCCUAAUUGUUAAAUAUUAUUUUUCUUUGGUGUUUGCUAAAAGAAAUCUUAGUGGCUUCCUUCUCCUGCUUUAAUAUAGCUGGUGAUCAUGAAUGCCAGUGUGUCUUGAUAGCUGAACCCUUUGCUUCAGUUUGGGCAGAUUGUGUCAACACAUCCGUCCAAGUAGAAAGAAUCACAAAGCUUUGAUUUUGUCAGAAAGCACAAGUAACAAAGAAAAGGAAGAACUUUUGAAAUAUUUUGAAGAUAAGCAUGACCCGCAUCACUCAACCAGAAGGUACUGAUUUUGUACCUUUGUCUUUUAUUACUUUAUUUUUUAAAACAAUCACCUUUUACUUCAAAUUGCUGUAUCAUAUCUUCUGUUUGCAAGACUGUACUCUCCAAAACUCCAACAUAUAAUGAAGCCAUAGCUUUGUUUACUGAAAUUCAAAAUUGAUUUGAUGCUUUAAAAUAAGUGGUUUUAGACAUUGUUACUGGAUUUUAAAUAAUAUACAAUCAUUUUGAUGAGUAAUUGUCUUUUAUAGUUGGUUAGAAAGGAGAAAAACAAACAAAACAUCAGACAAACAAAAAAACGACUUGAAGGCAGUUUCUCAGUUUUUUUUUAGUGACCUAAAUUUUGGACUAUGUAUUGGAGUCAAAAUAUUCCAUUUUUAUUUAUUUAUGUUUCUUCAUUUUGCAAAAAAAAUAUUUAUCAGAGAACUCUGGAAAACAGAGUGCUUUUUAAUGGAUUCUGGAGUGAGCAAAAUAAUUUUAGUUAUUAUUUCUUCCUUAACAUUGCUAAAUGCAGCAGGUAAUACUUGGCAAUAUUCUAGGUGGACAAUUUAACUUUUUUAUUAAAUAAUACUGUUUUGGACAGGCAUUAAAGAAACAGAUGCAUUGGGUGAUAUUUAUAUCCGCAGUUAGUACUCUGAAAUCAACUUAAAUCUGUAGAUUUAAUGGAAAAGUUUGAAUUGAGUUUUCUCCAAUUGAAGCAUUUUAUUUCUGUUAACUGAGAAACUUGCCAGAUAGAUGAGAGAUGAAAGAAAAGCAAAUGAAAUUCUGAGGAUUAAGAUGAGUUUUGAAUGCAACUCCACAGUAUGUGCCUGGGAAAUAACAUCCUUGAUGCUUUUUUACAUUAUGUUUGGAAUAUUUGCAUUUAUAAAUCAGACCAUGUAAUUUGGUAAUUUCAUAUUUUGGAGCUCAUUUGCCUUUUAGAAUUUUUGAUCCUCAGAAAGUUCCAUUUUCACAAAACACCAUAAAUUGUUAAUUGUAUUGUUAAAUGUAAACCCCUCUUUGGGAAUUCGAGCCUAGGUGAAUAGAGAAUUUUGAAGCAAAGAUUGCUUGAUUGGGAAAGACUAAGUAAAUACAGGGAGUUUGAGUGAAAUCAGAUCUCAUUCAUUAUGUAAAAAGGUAGAAUUCAAAUGUAUUUUGUUAACCACUUAUUGGUGUUUAAAAUAUACAAAGUUCAUCAUUAAUUCUUUUCUAUGUAACACAAACACUUCUUUUCUUCUGAUGAAUUCCAAUAAAAUCAAUUA